CAACAAAAUUGUCCGUUAUAAUCGUUGUUACUUGAAGUACUUGAUAUGACAGCUUCACAUUCCAAGAUGGCCGCGGAGAAGAACGAGAAGAAAGCAGAUUUAGGACUUCUUGAAGAAGACGAUGAAUUCGAAGAAUUUCCAACCGAAGGUACAAAACGAAUUUUCAAUGAAAUUAAUAUGAAGAAUGAAUCGACUAUCAAUGUUUAAAGAUAUUUCGUGUGGAUGUUUUAAGCGUGAAAUUUUCAUCUUGUAAAUUCUUGUUUGUCGUUUUAUUUUUUAAUAGCAAUAAUACUAUAAAGGCAUGUCGUCUAGAAUGUAGAUUUUAUAAAUUUCACGAGCUAGUGAAGUAAAAGCUUUCAUCUGAAUGUUUUCUGGACCACUACCUAGAUACUAAGUUUUGAACAAAAAUGUAUUGAAUAAUUGAUUAUAAUUUAAAAGCCUGUUGUCUCGACAACUCAACCUUUACGACUGUAAGGGUUAAAUAUACAUUUCUGCAAAAAAUUCAAUAUGAUGCAAAGCCCCUGUCAGACUCAGGUAGAUUAAUGUCUGGCUGUGGCUACUAUUCACUUUAUCACUUACAGUGCAAAGCCACAUGUGUUUUGCCAUCUUUCGUGGGUGGACGGAUAAAGUUCAAAUUGGCUUGACAUUCACAGCUACUUCAUUUGGCAGCUAAGCAUACCAACAUAUUCACAACGUUUUUCAAUUUUAUGUGAAUAUUUUUGUAGAAAUGUGACCCAAAAAUAAUGUUCUCAUUUCUAUUGAACAACUCCAGGUGUAGUUAAAAUGUUCAAUGCAGUCUUGCUUACUUCUUUAAUUAACGUCUAGGUCUCUUGCUACCUACCCUAUUUUCUUGUAUUUACCAAUCGAAUCUCUUGAAAAUCCACACAUUUGUGUGUGAACAAAACGUAGGAUCAUACAUUGCAUGAUUGAUGAAUCAAUUCUGGACCAAGUGCGCAAUGUGGUUUUGGCUAGUACGUAAAAAUUUGCCUUAAUCUUGCCAAACAGCAACUGUCACAAAGAUGUCGCAUUUACAAAUAUGCUGAAUUUUUCACUAAAAUACGAAUUAUUGCUGCUGUGCGAAGAUACAGUUAAUAAACUCAAUUUGAAAUAUACUAAUGAGUAAGACACCCAUGGGAAAGUAAAUACUGUACAGCAGGGUGCGAAAUAAUGGCUGAGGGUCGAAGGUGACAGGCCAACUCAAUUUUAGCUCGGACAUACCGAAUAUCUGGCUGGUCAAAUUAUUCAGCUUAAAGCAAAGCCUAGCAAAGUAUACCCCUAAAAAUGUGACUAUUUUCCCAUAUAGCAUUAGAAAAAGCCUUACUGUAAUCAGUAAUUAAAAACUCCUUCACAUAUGAUAAAACAGCUUGCACUGCGCAUCUGCACUAAAAGCAUGGCCUUAACUCUUAAGCCAAAAGCAUGGGUGCUGUGUGGGAAAGCUGGCGUACAUUGAUCAGAAGUUCUUUUCCUGUAAAAUAUUCGACAACAUGUUAUGGUUCUUAAUUAUAAUUAUAAUGGUUCUUAAUUUCACUUUGAUUAUUAAUUAAAAUGAAGAUUAGUUUCUUCUUUUACUGAAAAUAACCGGUCAACAUAACCGGCCGGGGUGAGCAUUUGACCGGAGUCACCGGACAACUCUGCAUUCUGGCCGAACAUUGUCCGUUGACCGGCCGUUAUUUCGCGCCCUGUACAGUAUAUACAAGGUGAAUUUUGUGGUCAUGUUUAUUGAAGGGAUCAGUGAGAUUCAGAGCUUUUCAACAUUAUUUUUUACUAUUUUUUAAUUCAGUGUUUUCAAGCAGGAAAAUCUCCCUACCUACCAGACAUCUUUUUAGCAGAAACAUGUAUUUGAUCCUUCCCUGAGUUUAUUUGAGUGCUAAAGUUUCAAGUAAAACAUUGAUUCACUGCUGGGGAAAUAUAUAGUCCACAGAAGGUUAAGAUGAUGUACAGUAAGGUCAUUUCUUAAAAGGACUUUUCUUUCCAUGGCACAUCAAGUAGAAGGAUACUCAGUCUUUUAAUCAAAACAGCCUUGGUGUAUCAGUUAAUUAAUAUUCAUGCAUUUUCAAAGAUUGUAAAACAAAAAUAAAAAAGCAUGUCCAUCUGAGAAAAAUUUUCCUUUAAACUAAUAUUUAUGAUAAAUUGGUAAUAUAUGAAGUAGUUUAACCCAAGUUGCAUUGAAUGCCCUAAUGUGCCAAACAUUAUUUUACUCUGUCCAAUGCCAAACAGUUUUAAUUGUCAAGGGGAGAGCACCAGCAUAUGUGCAGAUUGUGGGCAGUCUGAUUAAUCCAUUGAGCACCAGGGCCCCCAAUGAGCACCAGCGUUCUCCCCUUGAUGAGCGAAAUCAUCUGGUGUUAGCCUGAGUAAAAUGCAAAGUUGGGCGCAUUUGGGCACAAUACAACUUAAUGGAGUUAUUUACUGUAAAUUCAAUCCAUUUGAUUCAGUUACUGUAACAACAAGAAAAUAUUUCUUUAAAAAAAGAAAUGUUUCGUUCCAAUAUAAUUAUAGAAAUACUAGACGUCUGUAAUUAGCGGUUGUCACCAUAGAUCACUUGUAUAUGUCGAGCAAUGAAAUCAGGCCAUUUUGCGAGGCGGGCGGUCUUUGGUAAUUUUUUUGCACGUUUUAGUAAUUUUCAUUAUCCCAUAAAUGAGCUUCAAAAACCGUUUUCAUUGGUCGACAGCGCUAACCUUCGGCAAUGAUUUGAUAUACUCACCUGCUAGAUUUGAUACCCACCUGCGAUAAGCAAUCUCAUUGGCUAAUGACUUUGUCGCCUUUUGUUAAUGCUGCCAUGUCGUAAAAUAGCAAAAAGAAUAUGUGGGGGAAAGUCGAGAUUCUGGUUAUGUUUUCAUGUCACGCAAUCACGAAACCUCGCCCAAUCCCCAUCCCUAACUCUAUAAACCUCCUAUGAGAUUCAUGAGAUUCAAAAUGGCGUCAGUGUAUAUUUGUCAAUAAAACAACAUGAUGACUUUAAAUCAAGAUGAAACCCCUUCGGUAAGAUAAUAGAACAGUAUAUUUUGUGAAGUUUUGUUUAUGGGACAAAAACGUUACGACACGAUUUUCUUGGUUAAUUUGUAAAUAAACUCAUUAUUAAUUUUGAAACAUUAAAAUCGCAUAUCCUCUCACUCCGUCCACUCCUAGAUCACAGGGCCAAAUGAUGUCCUAAUUUUGGAGUUAAUAUUGCAAUUCGUCAUUCUUGUCUUUGAUUGGUUGAUUUAAAAAUUAUUGACAGUAGAAAGAUUACAUCAGAGUCACAUUUACGCUACUAUUUUUAAAUACCAAUACAUGUCACGCCCAUAGAUAUCUACGCCAUUUCCAAAUUUAGAUAACGAAAGCAGCCUAGAAGUUGUAAACAUGUUACGGAGUUCCUAUUUAUAUAUUACAAGAGCAUACGGAAACGAGAGUGCAAUUAUAUAAUUAUGCCUAUAAUUAAUAUAUACAUAUUUCUUCGUUUUUAAUUUUUCGCAUGAAGUAUUGGCCAAGCGCAGUAUGUUAUCUGGCCUCGUAUUUAUUCUUCUCAAAAAGACACUAAAUUCAAGAGUAAGGGCCAGGCUUAGAUGAAUUAAAGGCCAAGCAAGAGCCUUUUAUUCUGGCUAAAAUCUAGGACACCACGUCGUCACACCACAGUAUAAUUAACUAAGAUUCCCAAUUAUACGCAACGCCUCCAAAAAACUUCUUAUGCUAGGAGCGGUCAUGUCAUUGGACGAUUCUAAAUGUAAUUGACGUUUCAGCAAGAAUACUGGCAAAGGAUUGGAUAACUUUGAUAUCUGACGUCACAUUCUUGUGACAUUGCUCGAAACCAAAUACAGUACCGUUUCGUUCCUGCGGGGAACGAAACAAAAAUAAGCUGAGGUGGUUUUGAAAAACAGCCAAAACCAAUAAUGAAUUUAGUUUUUAAAUACAUUGGAGCACUUACUAAAAUUUGAUCUUCAUUUGAUUUUUCAAAUUUUGGAAUGAAUUCAAUGAACCAACUCUCAGCCUUUGUGAAAGUACGCAAUUUUUUAUAAAAAUGAACAAAUACCCAAAACAAUGAUUUUUAGGUCGCCACCAACCAACGUCACCAACACUGAUCACUUCAAUUUGCUUAAAAGCAAGUCAAAACAGUCACAAAGAAAUUCAUUGUAUGUUCACUUGGUAUUGAGUUGCUGCAGUGCCCUAGUAUUUUACUUCUGACGAUUUUGCUCAUCAUGUGGAGAGUUUAUUAAUAAAAUGUUUUCUUGUUAGCUUGGACUGGUGAAGAAGAAGAUCAAGAUGAAAACCAUAUCUGGCAAGAUGACUGGGAUGACGACACUGUUGAAGAUGAUUUCUCAAACCAGUUAAGGUACGUAAAUAUUCAGAAUUGGAAUGAAAAGUAA